GCUGGUAUGAAGCUGGCUGUGCUGCCUUUCAGUUUGGCGACUUAACCGGGUCAGGCUGUUUGUGGGGGGGCGGGGGGGGUGAGGGGGGCGGAGUCUGGACUGAGGCCGAUAGAAUAAACGAAGCAGAGCUUUAGACGAGUGAACCUGCUGCUUCGGACGAAUGAAGGCUGAAGAAUGGGAGCUGCUUAUGGGAAGAAGAAAUCCUACAGCGUCGACCAGGAGCCUCCGGCCAAACAGCCCAGUCUGAAGAAUAGACCACAUCCAGACAGGGACCUGGAGCAGCCCUGGUCAGAGGGUGUCCACAGGAAGUUGUCCCCAGUGUCCCCACGUGCUGACUACAUAGAGGGAGACGGAGACGAGGACGGAGACAAAGACGAGGACAUCAUCAAACCCAGGAAACUGUUGAACCCGGUCAAAGAUUCUAAGAGACACCAGGAGGUCCACCGAGAACUACUGAGACGGGGGGGACCCGGUGUGGAGACAAAGCCAGAGCUGCAGAGGGUCCUGGAGUCCAGGAAGAGAGACCAGCUGAUGAGACAGAGGAGACAAGAGGACGAAGCUCGGAGGAAGGUGUCUCCUCUGGAGGCGGAGCUCAUGAAGAGACACAGGAAGCUGGAGGAGCUGGAGAGACAACAGCAGCAGGAAGACGAGGACAACCUGAAGGCUCCAGAGUUUGUCAAAGUCAAGGAGAAGCUGAGACGGACGUCCUUCCACAGUAAAGAACAGGAGGACAGGUCUAUAGGACACUCUGAGGACAUUCUGAGGACGCCGAGAGGACACUCUGAGGAGACUGAGAGGACGCUGAGAGGACUGAACAGCUGGACACCCCCAGUCAGAGACUGAUCAGCUUUGGUCUCCAUGACGACGGAAACAUAAUAACAAUAAACAGCUGAUCACGUUGAUAACAUGAGUCCAGGACGUCUCCAGAACUGAGCCACAUGUCCCUGCAGGACAAACCCACCCCGGACUGGACUGGUGUCUUUGAUAGUUCCUGAGGCCUUAGUGGG